UAAUGAAUAUCAACAAUGAAUCGGAAUAUGAAUUUCGUAUACGCUAUAACGUUUGCAUUGAUAACUUUUUCAGUGACGGAAUGCGCGACCAAGGAAAAAGAUAAACCAAACAACAAUGCUAAGGUAGAGACAACAAACGCGUCCGUGUCAGUAGAAGAGCGAGACAAAAGCGAGGAGUUUAAUCUCAUGGAGGUUAUGGUGGAAUGCAACGAUUCAUUUCGUGUGGAAAUGUCAUAUCUAGCGAGCUUUAAUAAGAGUGGGAGUUUUCCCGACGAAACUGAUAAAACACCCAAGUGUUUCAUGCGCUGUGUCCUGGAGAAGUCGGGAGUUGCUUCACCGGCGAGCCAGUUCAAUGUCAAACGCACGGCGGAGAUAUUUCCGCAGAUCAGGGAUAUAGCUGAGGAGGAUAUCGUCAAAAUUGCUACCGAAUGUACUGAUAGACCUGAAACGUGUAAGUGUGAGAGAUCCUACCAAUACCUGAAGUGUUUGAUGGAGACUGUAAUCGAAAUAUAUGAUGUUUAAAAAAAUUAAAACUUUCCAAUCUUUGGUUUUCCCAAUAAGCAUACCUACUGAUAACCGCUUCUGCUGUU